UGCUCACUGCUAAAUGCUAGCAGUGCUACAGGAAUGUAAACAGGAAGCUGGUAGCUCACUUGCUCUGCUGAUCUAAUUAGAGUUUGAUUAAACGGAUUCUUUUCAGAAUGAAAAGAGGAAAUGGAUUUACACACUCGGCCAACACUGUUCAGUGAGAUUGCACAUGGCCUGGGCUUCUGGACAGACCGAUCAGCAGUGCACGAAGCAGCAGCUCAUGGAAGAGUAGCAGAACUUGAACAGCUCAUUAAAAAUGGAGCUAUGGUCAACAUUGUGGCUGUGGACUCCAUCACUCCACUGCAUGAGGCUUGUAUUCAAGGCCAAACACAGUGUGUCCAGCUGCUGCUGGAGGCUGGAGCUCAUGUGAACGCCCGUAACAUUGACGGAAGCACGCCGUUAUGUGAUGCUUGCGCAGCUGGUAAUCUAGACUGUGUGAAGCUGCUGCUGGAGUACGGAGCCAUGGUAAACCCUCCUCUCUUCACUUUCUCUCCUCUUCAUGAAGCCUGUAUGGGGGGUAACCUCGAGUGUGUGCAACUUAUGAUAGCCGAAGGAGCGCUCCUGGAGGCUCAUGACUGCCACUUCGGGACUUCGCUUCACGUGGCUUGUGCCAGGCAGCAUGUAGAUUGUGUCAAGGCUCUGCUGAAUGCAGGUGCAAAUGUAAAUGCUGCAAAGAUUCAUGAGACGGCCCUCCACCAUGCUGCUAAAGCAAACAAUCCGGAGAUGAUCGAGAUGUUGGUUGAGUUUGGUGGGAACGUGUUUGCCAGAGAUAACCUCGGCAAAAAGCCAAUCCAUUACACCAGCCCGGGUUCAGCUGCAGCACUCUGCCUCAGGUUCUACGAAACUGAACCACUGAGUCUUCAGCAGUUAAGCAGGGUUGCACUCAGGAGUGCGUUGGGGAAACGAGCACUGGAGGCGAUGCCACAGCUGGGUUUGCCCAAUCGUAUGAUCAGCUACCUCACUUACACGCUCACUCCACCUUCUGAGCUCCUGACAAGCCGAGACGACCGACUGAAGCAGACCGAUUUCCCCAGCGUGUCUGGAGAAUAAAAGAAACUACACAGUGAAUCAUGUCGGGAAAUAUACCAGAUCUCGUCUUAUUAUUAAACCUGCAGUGUCUAAAUCAGGUUCAGUACCAAAAAACAGGUCUGUUCUCAGUCAUUCUCAGUCUGUGAAGCAUUUAUUCGUAAGAUAUAUUUACACUCAUUUGUAUAAAGUGUAGCAUAUCUUGUAAAUUGUAUAUUUCUAAUCUAGAUUUCAUCUUAAUAUGCAGUGUACAUAUUCUGUUCACAAGGUAAAAGUUUAUAAAUGAUUAAAUAUCA